CCUCCUCCCUCCUCCCUUCCUCCCUCCUCCCUCGAGCACGCUGCUGCUGUGACGCACACACGCACGCAAGGCUCACGAAGCAAGCAAGUGAGCAACUGGGAUUUCUUCACAGAUGGAUACGGGGCGCCAGACAGGAAGUGGUGCUUGUUGUGUUACAGUAGAAUAAUAAUAACAAUAAUAACAACAACAGCAACACCGUAACUGAAUGAUUCUGUUUGACUGAGAUCGGCGUCUAGUUUGCAGACUCACAGUAUAUCUGUUUUAUCUGCACAGCUUGCCACAGAGAUCCAUUAAGAAGCAGCAGCUAUGGAAUCCACACUUGCUUCUUGCAAUUGCAAUUGAAAUCGAUUGAUUGCAGGAUAUUCCGCGGCACCACCAAUUCAAUCACACAAUAUAAUCGAAAUACUGUUUUUAUUGUGUGCGGCUGCUUGAGACCCCAGUGCCCGGACUAUGCUUGCUGGUCGCGGUACGACUGGUCCCAGUCGUGUCUGGUGUCUUUGCAAAGUAAAGGAAGAGCCUCCAGCGGCCGGCAGCGCGUUGUCUCGCUGAUCGAGGAGUGUUUUUUUCGGGAGGUAAGGGCUGGCAUCCAGCGGUGCAGCCUGCGCCCUCUUGUACUCUGAAUGUGAAUUAUAUGGUUUCAUGAAUCUACGGUAUGCAGCCGCAGCGUUGACUGUGCGGCGAGGAAGAAGGAAACCAAGCCAUCGUCAUUAACAUUAACAAGAACUGCGGAUAUCGCAGCAAAUUAAACCGCAAAAACAAACAAACAACCAAAAAACAAACAAACAACCUCACAACUUUGUUUUUCUGUCUCUUGAUAUUAUUUUAAAGAAGGGAGUCGCUGUCCUUGCGCGCAGCCUGAUUUUUCUAUACGGAUUAUAUAUAUUUUUUUAUUGAACCUUGAGGGGUCUACGCUUACUAUUACAAACCGCGGAGGAGACGAGCGCCGGGGCCGAUGCGGACAGUCCGGCGACGGGAACGCGACGAGCCGCUAGACCAGCAGCCAUGCAGCCGCAGCAAAUCUACGACUUCUCCGGGGAAGAAAACAGCCACAAAUGGAGAGGCCUUUUCGUGCCAGCUCUCCGAAAGGUCCAGCUGCAGGUUCAUCCCAAUCUCUCAGCCAAAGAGGACGCCCUUCAGUACAUCGAGGAGCUGAUUCUGCAGCUCCUGAGCAUGCUCUGUGUAGCACAGCCGCGCACAGUCCAGGACGUCGAGGAGCGUGUUCAGAAGACGUUCCCUCAUCCCAUUGACAAGUGGGCCAUCGCCGACGCGCAGUCCGCCAUCGAGAAGCGCAAGAGGAGGAACCCCCUGCUGCUGCCUGCAGACAAGAUGCACCCGCUGCUGAAGGAGGUCCUCGGCUAUAAAAUCGACUACCACGUGUCCCUGUACAUUGUGGCUGUGCUGGAGUACAUCUCCGCCGACAUCCUGAAGCUCGCUGGGAACUACGUGGGCAACAUCCGGCACUACGAGAUCAGCCAGCAAGACAUCAAGGUGUCCAUGUGUGCCGACAAGGUGCUGAUGGAUAUGUUUGACCAGGACGAGGACAUGGGGCUGGUGUCUCAGUGCAUGGACGAGCCCUCCUGCCCGGGGGAGCUCUCCUACGAUGACCUGGUGCGCGCGGAGAUCGCCGAGGAGCGCCAGUACCUGCGCGAGCUCAACCUCAUCAUCAAGGUGUUCCGCCACGCCUUCUCCAACACCAGGCUCUUCACACCUCUUGAUAUCGAGGUGAUCUUCAGCAACAUCCUGGACAUCCACGAGCUGACGGUGAAGCUGCUGGGGCUGAUCGAGGACGCGGUGGAGAUGACGGCUGAGGGCAGCCCGCACCCCCUCGUCGGAAGCUGCUUCGAGGACCUGGCGGAGGAGCAAGCGUUUGAUCCGUACGAAACCCUGUCCCAGGACAUCCUCUCCCGGCAGUUCCACGAGCAUUUCAGCAGCCUGAUGGCCAGGCCUGCAGUGGCUCUUCACUUCCAGUCGAUCGCGGAGGGGUUCAAGGAGGCGGUCCAGUACGUCCUCCCUCAGCUCAUGAUGGUCCCAGUCUACCACUGUUUGCACUACUUCGAGCUGCUGCAGCAAUUGCAAGAGCGAAGCAAGGACCAAGAAGACAGGGAGUGUUUGAAACAGGCCAUCACCGCCCUCCUCAAUCUGCAGUGCAGCAUGGAGAGGAUCUACAGCAAGAACCUGCCGCGACGCAAGCCAGGGGAGCCCAUGUACCGCCUGUACGGCCGGCAGGUGCGGAGCAAGCAGCUGGCCAUCAAGAGGAUGAACGAGAUCCAGAAGAGCAUCGACGGCUGGGAGGGCAAGGACAUCGGGCAGUGCUGCAGCGAGUAUAUCCUGGAGGGCCCCCUGUGCCACACGGGGGCCAAGCACGAGCGCCACCUCUUCCUGUUCGACGGGCUGAUGAUCAGCUGCAAGGCCAACCACGGCCAGUCCUCCCGGCUGCCCGGCUCCGGCAGCGGCGCUGAGUACCGGCUCAAGGAGAAGUUCGUCCUGCGCAAGGCGCGCAUUUCCGACCGCGAGGACACGGCCGAGCUGCGGCACAGCUUCGAGAUCGCGGGCCGGGAGGAGGGCGGCGUGGUGUUCUGGGCCAAGGGCGCGGAGGAGAAGGGGGCGUGGAUGGCAGCCCUGGUGUCUCUGCAGUACCGCGGCACGCUGGAGCGUAUGCUGGACGCAGUGCUGCUGAGCGAGGAGGAGGCCCAGCCCCUGCGCCUGCCCUCCCCGGAGCUGUACCGCUUCGCAGUGCAGGACUCGGAGGAGAACAUCGUGUUCGAGGAGCGCGUGCAGAGCAAGACCGGCACGCCCGUCGUGAAGGCGGGCACCGUGGUCAAGCUGAUAGAGAGGCUGACCUUCCACAUGUAUGCAGACCCCAAUUUCGUGCGCACUUUCUUGACAACGUAUCGUUCGUUCUGCAAACCACACGAGCUGCUGAGCUUGUUGAUGGACAGGAUUGAGAUCCCGGAUUCCGAGCCCUCCGAGGCGGACAAGCAGGCUCUGUUGAACGGGGAGCAGCCGAUGGCGGCUGAGCUUCAGAGGUUCCGCAAGGAGUACGUCCAGCCAGUGCAGCUCCGGGUUCUGAAUGUAUUUCGGCAGUGGGUGGAGCAUCACUUUUACGACUUUGAGAGAGACCAUGACCUGCUGCACAGACUGGAAAAAUACAUCUCCAGCCUGAUUCAACUCCGCGGGAAGUCCAUGCGGAAGUGGGUGGAGUCCAUUAACAAGAUCAUCAAGAGGAAGAUCCAGACGCAGCUGAACGGAGUGAGCCACAACAUCACCUUCGAGAGCCCGCCCCCACCGGUGGAGUGGCACAUCAGCCGCAGCGGCCAGACCGACACCUUCGACCUCAUGACCCUUCACCCCAUCGAGAUCGCGCGCCAGCUCACCCUGCUCGAGUCUGACCUCUACAGAGCCGUUCAGCCCUCGGAGCUGGUGGGGAGCGUGUGGACCAAAGAAGACAAAGAGCUCAACUCUCCCAACCUGCUCAAGAUGAUCCGACACACCACCAACCUCACGCUGUGGUUUGAGAAGUGCACCGUGGAGGCUGAGAACUGUGAUGAGAGGGUAGCUGUGUUCACACGGAUCAUCGAGAUCCUGCAGGUAUUCCAGGAGCUGAACAACUUCAACGGCGUGCUGGAGAUCGUCAGUGCCAUCAACUCUGUGCCUGUGUACAGACUGGACCACACCUUCGAGGCGGUGCCGGAGAGGAAGAGGAAGAUCUUGGAGGAAGCGGUGGAACUCAGUCAGGACCAUUUCAAGAAGUACCUGGCCAAGCUCAAGUCAAUCAACCCUCCUUGUGUGCCUUUCUUUGGGAUUUAUCUCACCAACAUCCUGAAGACUGAAGAAGGGAACCCUGACUUUCUCAAGCGCCACGGGAAGGAGCUCAUCAACUUCAGCAAGCGCCGGAAAGUGGCCGAGAUCACAGGGGAGAUCCAGCAAUACCAGAACCAGCCGUACUGCCUGCGCGUGGAGCACGAUAUCAGGAAGUUCUUUGAGAACCUGAACCCCAUGGGCUCCAUGAGUGAGAAGGAGUUUUCAGACUACCUGUUCAACAAGUCCCUGGAGAUAGAGCCCCGCAACUGCAAGCAGCCGCCUCGAUUUCCCAGAAGGACCCUGUAUUCCCUGAAGUCCCCGGGUAUCCGGCCCGUGCGCCACACCUCCACCUCAGGGACCCUGAAGGGGCACCCCGUCCCGCUGGAGAGAGAGCCCCCCCACAAAAUCACCUUCCGCAGCAUCGCUGAGACAGAGCCUGAGAUACCGGCCACGGUGCCCGCCUCCCCCAACACCCCCCCCACCCCCCCGCAGUCCGCCUCCUCCUCCUCCGAGCUGAGCUCCGUGUUCCUGGACAUCGACCUCAGCAGCUCCUGCGGUAACAGCAGCAUGUUUGCUCAAGUUCUCCUGCCACAUUCAAAGUGGCACUCCAGUUCCUGUGGGAGUCUCAACCGGCUCAGCGAGGAGCUUCUGAGACCGCCGCCACCCCUCCCUCCGCGCAGGAGAGACACCCUCACAGAGUCCAAGAUGGGUCCCUGGUGGUCGGACAGCCCUCCAGCCAUCCCCCCCAGACUGCCUCCUACUCUGUCCAGGACCCAGCCCCGAGUGUCUGUCUACAAUGGGCCCAGCGAGGGCCCCCUGCCCAGCCCACCUCCCCCUCCUCCCAGGGACCCCCUGCUGGACACCACUCAUCCCGUGCCCACGCGGCCGCCCGAGAUCUUCAUCAACUACCCCCUGAACCUCCAGCCGUCCCCUGUGGGGCGCUUCCACUGGGAGUUCAGCCACAGCACCCCCGGCUCCCCCAACACCUCGCCGGGCACGCCCUCCCCCCGCGUCCCCCGUCGCUGCUGCCCGCUCAGCGCCAGCCAGACCAACCUGUGCCAGCUCCCACCCCCUCCUCUGGCGCCCCCAGUGCCCCCCAGACAGAACUCCAGCCCCCAGCUCCCCAAGCUCCCGCCAAAGACCUACAAGAGGGAGCUCGCUCACUCACCCCUGCACAGACUGCUGCCGUUGGAGAGCGCAGAGACCAGCCAGUGAGGCUGCCCCCAGGCACACAGCCCCCUGCAGGGGGGAGAAGACACUGCAGUGUGAAUUGCAUUGGGGUGCACUGUGUUCGGCUGCUUUGGGGUGGUGGGUUGCAGUCUGUUCGUCCUCGCAGUUUGAAAUCACACUGGAAAGAAGUGACAAUGCCUUGUGGAGUGUUAUUUUAAAUAUUUUUUCCUCAAAAAAAAAAAAAAAAGACUAUUGUAUCGAUA